AAUUUUUCAGAAUAAAAGUAGGGUUAUGGUGUGGUCUCGUGCAUGGCUCUCGUGCUUAGCAACAAAACUUUGCAAAGAUCGCUCAGCAUAAUUACAUUCUUUUUUUUAAAUAAAAAUAAGAAACAUGACAGUGGGUAUUCAUUUCAACUCUUUUAAUAUAAUUGCUCUCAAAUGUAAUUUUAGUCACUAAUUUACAUAUAGUUUAAACACCAAGUUUUAAAACACGAGCAACUAGGUUCGUUUUUCUCGGUUUCACUAUAUAUACAUAUAUACCUAUAUAUUUAAAGAAGACAAUUGAAAGUCUAUAAAUUGUCAAAAAAAAAAAAACCUCAUGACUGUCACAUAUUCCACAAUUUCAACUAUGUUUGCUUCUAGAUUAACGUCAAAAUUUCGUAAAAUUUCACUUCUGUCACGAGUUUGGAAUGGACCCAACAACGUUCUUGCCAGUAAGGAGGCUGAACAAAAAAUGAUCAAUAUUUUAAAGAAUAAAUUUCCAGAAGCAAAACUUAUUGAAGUUACUGAUGUGUCGGGAGGUUGCGGAGCGAUGUUUGAAGUUAGUGUUGUUGCUCCGGAAUUUAAAGGAUUGACUACUGUAAAACAACAUCGAAUUAUUAAUGAGGCCUUGAAAGAGGAAAUUAAAGACAUGCAUGGAAUUCGAAUACACACGAGUAUUCCUGGACCUUGAAUAAACAAACGAAAGUAAUAUUAGAUAUUUAAUUAAACAUUGUCCUGUAAUAUUGUAGGAGCAACUUUUGUGACAAUUAAAAAUAAACAUGUACAUAACAAAAUCACAUCAAAUAAAUAAAAUAACUUUCAAGAA